UUAUGUCUAGCUCUCUAUUCUCCACCGCGAGGGAAGUCCGCUUUACCGGGUUAGCUGGAGAGACUGGAUUGAGGGCCAGGCGGAGUGCUCUCCAGUCCGCAUGCGCGGAGCCCCAACAGUCGGACUACAACUCCCAGAGGAGUCUCUGGGAGGCCGCCUUCCCGGCGCCAUCUUGAAAUCUGAUGCUUCACCUCCCGGGCUUUGCGUCAGCCUGGAGCCGCCACUACAGUCCCGGAGCCCAGCCUGCCCGCCCGGGAGGACGCCGAGGACACGGCAGCGGCCCGCGGAGAGACAGCUGUGGGGACUCUGGCAGCGAGCUCGCGCAGCUUGUGCCCCGUCACUCAGCAUCCCACCCCCUUGUGUCUCAGCGCCCGCCCCCUGCGCGAGGGGCGGGGCUGGUCUUGUGGUACCCAGAGCCUGCGCACGCUGAGGCGAGCCCCUGCCCGGUGAGGACCCAGGACUGGGCCAUGCCAGCCCAAGACCCCCGAGGUGGGAAGAGGACCUCGUCGCAGAGCCGGUGAGCACCCCGCCCCGGUGGGCGUUGCAGAGAGGCUCGGCGCCCUCCCGGAGUGAAGAUGAAAGAGGUUUGCAGGAUCUGUGCCCGGGAGCUGUGUGGAAACCAGCGGCGCUGGAUCUUCCACACCGCGUCCAAGCUCAACCUCCAGGUUCUGCUUUCGCACGUCCUAGGCAAAGAUGUCUCUCGUGAUGGCAAAGCCGAGUUUGCAUGCAGCAAGUGUGCUUUCAUGCUGGACCGCAUCUAUCGAUUCGAUACUGUUAUUGCCAGGAUCGAAGCCCUUUCAAUUGAGCGCCUGCAGAAGCUGCUGCUGGAAAAGGAUCGCCUCAAGUUCUGCAUUGCCAGUAUGUAUCGGAAGAAUAACGAUGACUCUGGCGAGGAGAUCAAGGCGGGGAGUGGGACCGUUGACAUUUCCGGCUUGCCAGAUGCGAGGUACUCUGCACUGCUCCAGGAAGACUUUGCCUACUCGGAGUUUGAGUGCUGGGUAGAAAACGAGGAUCAGAUACACGACUCACACAGCUGUCAUGCUUCCGAAGGCCCCGGAAACCGACCCAGGAGAUGCCGAGGUUGUGCGGCUUUGCGGGUUGCGGAUUCCGACUAUGAAGCCAUUUGUAAGGUGCCUCGAAAAGUGUCCAGAAGUAUUUCUUACGGCCCCUCUAGCAGGUGGUCUACCAGCAUCUGCACCGAAGAACCGGCAUUGUCAGAAGUCGGGCCACCAGACUUACCAAGCACAAAAGUUCCCCCCGAUGGAGAAAGCAUGGAGGAAGGGACACCGGGUUCCUCUGUGGAAUCUUUGGAUGCUAGUGUUCAGGCUAGUCCUCCACAACACAAAGAUGAAGAAACGGAGAGGAGCGCGAAAGAACUUGUGAAGUGUGACUAUUGGUCCGAUGAACAGGCUCCACAGCAAUUGUGUAACCACAAACUGGAGCUAGCUCUUAGCAUGAUUAAAGGUCUUGAUUAUAAGCCCAUUCAGAGUCCCCCAGGGAGCAGGCUUCCUGUCCCGGUGAAAUCCAGCCCACCUGGAGCCAAGCCUGGCCAUCUCUUGACAGAUGGAGUUAGUUCCAGUUUCCCUGACAGGCCUUUGAAACCCCUUUGCAGGACACCUGUGAGCUACCCUUUGGAGAUUUCAGACAUGCAGGAGCUGUGGGAUGAUCUCUAUGACGAAUAUUUGCCGUUCGGGUUCCAGCCCAUGCCUAAAGAGGUACACAAGCAACAAAAGCUCGACUCAAAUGAAGCCCCUAUAACCCAGCCGUCUGUGUCUGAUUCCCACCUGGCAGAACUCCAGGACAAAAUCCAGCAAACAGAGGCCACCAACAAGAGUCUUCAGGAGAAGUUGAAUGAAAUGAGCUGUGAGCUAAAAUCUGCCCAUGAGUCAUCUCAGAAGCAAGAUACGACAAUUCAAAGCCUCAAGGAAACACUAAAAAGCAGGGAAAGUGAGACAGAGGAGCUGUACCAGGUGAUUGAAGGUCAAAACGACACAAUGGCAAAGCUUCGAGAAAUGCUGCACCAGAGCCAGCUUGGACAACUUCAUACCUCAGAGGGCAUCGGCCCUGCUCAGCAACAGGUGGCCCUGCUGGAUCUUCAGAGUGCUCUAUUCUGCAGCCAGCUUGAAAUACAGAAGCUCCAGAGGCUGGUGCGCCAGAAAGAACGCCAACUGGCUGAUGGCAAGCGAUGCAUGCAGUUUGUAGAGGCUGCAGCACAGGAGAGAGAACAACAGAAGGAAGCUGCUUGGAAGCACAACCAGGAGUUACGAAGAGCUUUGCGACACCUCCAAGGAGAAUUGCAGACUAAGAACCAGCAGCUUCAUGUUUUGGAGGCAGAAAAAUACAGUGAGAUUCGAGCCCAGGAGCAGACUGUUCAACACCUAAACAGCAGCCUAAGUCACAAAGAGCAACUGGUUCAGGAACUUCAGGAGCUCCUACAGUAUCGCGAUAACUCAGACAAAACUCUAGAGACAAACGAGAUGUUGCUUGAGAAACUGCGGCAACGAAUACAAGACCGAGCUGUGGCUCUAGAGCGGGUCAUAGAUGAUAAGUUCUCUGCUCUAGAAGAAAAGGACAAGGAGCUGCGGCAGCUUCAUCUCUCUGUGAGAGAGCGAGAUCACGACUUAGAGAGACUGCGGAGUGUCCUGUCUGCCAAUGAAGCCACCAUGCAAAGUAUGGAGAGUCUCCUGAGGGCCAAAAGCCUGGAAGUGGAACAGCUAACUGCCACCUGUCAAAACCUCCAGUGGCUGAAAGAAGAAUCGGAAACCAAGUUUGGCCAUUGGCAGAAAGAGCAGGAGAGCAUCAUCCAGCAGCUGCAGACAUCUCUGCACGACAGGAACAAAGAAGUGGAGGAUCUCAGCGCAACAUUGCUCUGUAAACUCGGACCUGGUCAGAGUGAAAUCGCUGAGGAACUGUGCCAGCGCCUGCAGCGCAAAGAGAGGAUGCUGCAGGACCUUCUGAGUGACCGGAAUAAACAAGCGGUGGAGCAUGAAAUGGAGGUGCAGGCGCUGCUCCAGUCCGUGAGCACCAGGGAGCAGGAAAGCCAGGCUGCUGCAGAAAAAAUGGCACAAGCCCUCAUGGAAAGAAACUCAGAAUUACAGGCCCUACGCCAGUAUUUAGGAGGGAAAGAGGUAAUGGCGUCAUCUCAGGCGCUCAUCUCAAACCAGCAAGCUGAAGUGACGUCCAUCGGCCCCCACCUGGGAGAGCAGACUGAUCAAGGUUCUCUGCAGGUGCCCUCCAGAGAAGAUAGCACUUCACUGACUGCUAGGGAAGAUGCCAGCGUACCCCGGUCCACGUUAGGAGACUUGGACAUGGUUUCAGGGCUGGAGAAAGAGCUGAGCAAUGCCAGGGAGGAACUCGAGCUCAUGGCUAAAAAGGAAAGAGAAAGCCAGAUAGAACUGUCAGCUCUACAAUCUAUGGUGGCUGUGCAAGAGGAAGAGCUGCAGGUGCAAGCUGCUGACUUGGAAUCCCUGACCAGGAACAUGCAGAUAAAAGAAGACCUCAUAAAGGAUCUGCAAAUGCAACUGGUCGACCCUGAAGACAUACCAGCCAUGGAACGCCUGACCCAAGAGGUCUUACUUCUCCGGGAAAAAGUUGCUUCAGUUGACUCUCAGGGUCAGGAAGUUUCAGGAAACCGGAGGCAACAGUUGCUGCUGACGCUAGAAGGACUGGUAGAUGAGCGGAGUCGGCUCAACGAGGCCCUGCAAGCUGAGAGGCAGCUCUACAGCAGCCUGGUCAAGUUCCAUGCCCAUCCGGAGAACUCUGAGAGAGACCGAACUCUGCAGGUGGAACUGGAAGGGGUCCAGGUCUUACGCAGUCGCCUGGAAGAAGUUCUGGGAAGAAGUCUGGAGCGCUUAAGCAGGCUGGAGACCCUGGCCGCCAUUGGAGGUGCUGCUGCAGGUGACGACACUGAAGAUGCCAGCACGGAGUUCACAGACAGCAUAGAGGAGGAGGCUGCACACAGCAGCCACCAGCAACUCAUCAAGGUGGCUCUGGAAAAAAGCCUGGCGACCAUGGAGACCCAGAACACAUGUCCUCAGCCCCCGUCCCCAGUAGGAGAGGACAGCAACAGGCGUCUUCAGGAGGAAAUGCUUCACCUGAGGGCUGAAAUCCACCAGCACUUAGAGGAGAAGAGAAAAGCUGAGGCGGAACUCAAGGGGCUAAAGGCUCAAAUCGAGGAAGCAGGAUUCUCCUCUGUGUCCCACAUCAGGAAUACCAUGCUGAGCCUUUGCCUUGAGAAUGCAGAGCUGAAAGAACAGAUGGGAGAAGCAAUGUCUGAUGGAUGGGAGGUGGAGGAAGACAAGGAGAAGGGCGAGGUGAUGGUGGAGACCAUGGUCGCCAAAGGGGCUCUGAAUGAGAACAGCCUUCAGGCUGAGUUCAGGAAAGUCCAGGGAAAACUGAAGAGUGCCUACAACAUCAUCAACCUCCUCAAAGAACAGCUGGUCCUGAGCAGCUCAGAAGGGAACAGUAAAGGGACACCAGAGUUCCUCGUGCGCCUGGCCAGGGAGGUCGACAGAAUGAACACAGGCCUGCCUUCCCUGGGCAAACAUCAACACCAAGAACAGGAGAAUAUGACCACGGGGCAUGGCCCCAGACCGCAGAGCCUCAGUCUUGGGACAGACCUCUCAGUGGACACCCACGAACUGGAAAACAAGUCCCAGGCCCAAGACUCUGGACAUCAGCCAGAAUUUAGGCUACCAGGGUCCGCCAAACACCUUCGUUCCCAGCUGGCUCAGUGCAGACAACGCUAUCAAGACCUCCAGGAGAAGCUGCUCAUCUCAGAAGCAACAGUUUUUGCCCAGGCAAACCAGCUGGAGAAGUACAGGGCCAUCUUCAGUGAAUCCCUGGUGAAACAGGACAGCAAGCAGAUCCAGGUAGACCUUCAAGACCUGGGCUACGAGACCUGUGGCCGAAGUGAGAAUGAAGCUGAGCGUGAGGAGACCACCAGCCCCGAGUGUGAGGAACACAAUAAUCCAAGGCCCUCGCUGCUCACAGAGGUCCUGUGCUCUGAGCAGGGGUACCUGGACCCUGUCUUGGUCAGCCCACCUGCGAAGAAGCCCUUGGAGACCAAACUGGGAAAGCAGGAGGAGUUGCAAGCACGAGGAAAUCUGGAUGACAGCAUUGUCCUCCGGAAGGACAUCAGGGACCUGAAAGCCCAGCUGCAGAAUGCCAACAAGGUCAUUCAGAACCUCAGGAGCCGGGUCCGGUCCCUCUCUGCCACAAGUGAUUACUCAUCCAGUUUGGAGAGGCCCCGGAAGCUGAGAGCCGUUGCCACCCUUGAGGGAUCUUCACCUCACAGUGUCACUGACGAAGACGAGGGGUGGCUGUCUGAUGGCACCGGGGCUUUUUAUUCUCCAGGGAUCCAGGCCAAGAAGGAUCUAGAGAGUCUCAUCCAGAGAGUAUCCCAACUGGAGGCCCAGCUCCCAAAAACUGGACUAGAGGGGAAGCUGGAUGAAGAGCUGAGGGCUGCCUCGUGGCCUGGAAAAUACGAUUCCUUGAUUCAGGAUCAGGCCCGAGAACUAUCAUAUCUGCGUCAAAAAAUACGAGAAGGGAGAGGUAUAUGCUAUCUUCUCACCCAACAUGCAAAAGAUACGGUAAAAUCUUUUGAGGACCUCCUUAGGAGCAACGACAUUGAUUACUACCUGGGACAGAGCUUCCGGGAGCAACUUGCCCAGGGAGGCCAGCUGACAGAGAGACUCACUAGCAAACUCAGCACCAAGGAUCAUAAAAGCGAGAAGGAAGAAGCCGGGCUUGAGCCACUGGCCCUCAGGCUCAGCAGGGAGCUACAGGAGAAAGAGAAAGUGAUUGAAGUCCUACAGGCCAAGCUGGAUACCCGGUCUCUCUCACCCCCCAGCAGCCAUGCCAUGUCUGACUCCCACCGCUCUGCCAGCAGCACAUCCUUCCUGUCAGAUGAGAUAGAAGCCUGCUCUGACAUGGAUGUAGCCAGCGAGUACACACAGUAUGAGGAGAAGAAACCUUCACCCAGCCACUCAGACUCCAUCCAUCAUUCUGCUGUGUUGUCUUCUAACCCAUCACCAACCAGUGCAUCUCAGGGGCUUAAGGUCGAGUCCAGCAACAGGCCCAUCAGCUUGCCAACUCCCCAGAAUCCCCCCAAGGAGGCCAGCCAGGCCCAUCCAGGCUUUCAUUUUAACUCCAUACCCAGGCUGGCUAGCCUUUCCCAGGCACCGAUGCACUCAACUCCACCCAGCUUCGUGCCUUUCAGCCCCUCUGGCCCUCCCCUUCUUGGUGGCUGUGAGACACCGGUGGUGUCCCUGGCUGAGGCUCAGCAAGAGCUGCAGAUGCUGCAGAAGCAGCUGGGAGAAAGUGUUAGCAUUGCUCCUCCGGCGUCCACAUCCACGCUGCUGAGCAACCAUCCAGAAGCCAGCUCUUCCCACUACCUCAGCCCUGCUAAGCCCCACUCUCCCACAAGGGGCUCCAUGGAGCUGGGCCGAAUGCUGGAGCCUGGGUACCUGGGUAGCGGUGGCCAGUGGGACAUGAGACCGCAGAAGGGAAGCGUCUCUGGGGACCUCUCCUUGGGCUCCUCAUUGUACCAGCUUAAUUCCAAGCCCACGGGGGCUGACCUGUUGGAAGAGCAUUUAGGAGAGAUCCGGAACCUGCGCCAGCGCCUGGAGGAAUCCAUAUGUGUCAAUGACCGGCUUCGGGAGCAGCUGCAGCACAGGCUCAGCUCCACCACCCGGGAAAGCGGCUCCACCUCUCACUUCCACAGUCAGGGCCUGGACUCCAUGCCUCAGCUCUACAGUGAAAACAGAGCGCUGAGGGAAGAAAACCAAAGCCUGCAGGCGCAGCUCAGUCUCGCUGCCAAAGUAGGACACUCCCAGGAAACGGACCGCCUGCGGGAGGCUCUGCUCUCCUCUGGAUCUCAGCUUCAAGAGCUGGAGAAGGAGCUGGAGCAGCAAAAGGCUGAGCGGCAGCAGCUUCUAGAAGACUUGCAGGGGAAGCAGGAAGAGAUCUUGCAUUUCCGGGAGGAGAGGCUAGCCCUCCAGGAAAACGACUCCAGGCUGCAGCACAAGCUAGCCCUCCUGCAACAGCAGUGCGAAGAAAAGCAGCAGCUCUCCCUGUCCCUGCAGUCCGAGCUCCAGAUCUACGAAUCGCUCUGUGGAAAUCCCAAAAAGUGCCUGAAAGAUUUCGGCCUAGAUUCCUGUCACCACGUCCCCAGUGAGCUAAGCUACUUGGUGGCAGAGAUCCGAGCUCUGAGAGGGCAGUUGGAACAGAGCAUUCAGGUGAACAAUUGCCUGCGGCUGCAGCUGGAACAGCAGUUGGACCGUGGUGCGGGCAAAGCCAAUCUCAGCCCCUCCUCUGUUAGCCAGAACUUCUCAGCCAACACGGAGCCUACAGACAUGCAGCCACUCUCCCAAGAUUCAGCUGCUUCUGCCCCUGUCCGGGAUGUUGGCUUGAGUUCUCCAGCCGUGGUCCUCCCCAGCCCUCCUGGCUCAGACCCUGCCAUCAUCACCGGGACGGAUGAGCUCGGUUCAGAUGAUUCUCCAGGGAUGAAGAACCCCCACAAGCUGGAGGGCGAUGCUACAGAUGGCUUCUUUGCCAGCAAGCACGGCCGACAUGUCAUCGGCCACAUGGAUGACUACCGUGCUCUACAACAGCAGCUUGGGGAAGGGAAGCUGCUGGUCCAAAAGAUACUGUCUCUCAUCAAGCCAACGUGCAGCAUCUCUGGACUUGAAGCUCGGGGCACAGAGGCACCAGGUAACAAAAGCAUCUGUGAGCUGCGGAACAGUGCCAGGGCUCUGAACCACGCCCUAGAAGAGUCAGCAUCCCUCCUCACCAUGUUCUGGAGAGCAGCCUUGCCAAACUCCCAUGAUCCUCUACCGGUAGGCAAAGAGGGACAAUUGAUGGAGAAAGAACUCCUGGACCUGCGAGCCCAAGUAUCCCAACAGGAACAGCUCCUUCAGCGCACUGCUUCGCGUCUGAAGAGGACCAGCCAGCAGAAGAAAAGCAUGGAGCAGUUCAUCGUAAGCCAGCUGACCAGGACCCAUGAUAUCUUGAAGAAAGCACGGACUAACCUAGAGGUGAAAUCCUUAAAGGCCCUGCUGUGCCCUCCAGCCUUGUGACCCUUGCCUUCCAGGAGCCACACAAGAAGCGAAGCCAGAGGUCCUUAAAACAGCAGGAAGGGUGGACCUGCCCGCCUCUUGUGCAGCUGCCUAUCUGCUGAGAAAAACCUGGUCCCACUCCUCUCCUGCUGGAGGUCCAGAAAAGGACUCCGAGAUGUGUCCACACGGGUCACAGGAAGGAGAGUGGCAUCCUGGCAGCAAUGAAUAUGAUUCGCCGCUGGGCCCAGCAUUAAGCAAAACUGCAUAGAAGGCCUCACGGCACUGCUGCUAAACGGCCUCGGUGGCACGGUGCCCACCACAUUAUAGCCCUCGCCUCAGCAUCUGUCCUCUAGAUGGCCGACUCAGGGGAACUAGGACCUCACUGCCCACCGCUAGGACUGCCGAAGCUCCUCAGACAGCUGUAAAAGCACACUGUGGAGCGGCAUUGGCCUGCUAGACAGGAUGGGGCUCAGCAAGCUCCCCUCACAGACCCACUCUGAGCCAGGCCACCCUGUGGGCCAAGCCAGGUAGGACUUUGGUCGAUACCACCGCACCAGAGUUCUUGGAGUCUUGGAGCAAACAUGGCAACUUCCAGGUGCCCUGGGCCUAGCCCAGCACCUCUGUUUCUUAUGUGACCUCAAGUUGAACUGACUCCCUUAAGUCUGCUGUCCCCUGUAAUCCUAACUUCCCUCAGGGGAACUGGGGACUGUGGCCAUAUCUCGCCUGUUGAAUGUCUAGCAUGCAGCACGCCCGUGUCUCUUAAUGGCACAGGCAAGGCCUGUUCUGUACUGAAGACUGUGUGUCUCCACAGUGCUCAUAGGAUGUUGGUAUGUGUAUAAAUGUAUAAUAUAGAUUUAUAUAUGUUGCUAUGGCCACGUGUUGAAGGACGGCACACUGUGCAGACUGGUGGGUUAGAGGCCACUGAGCAGUCUUUCUGACGGCUAUUAAAGCAAGCUGGGUAUAAAGAGGUUGUUUCCCUUUGCUUCUCAUUCCUGUACCAGUCCUAGAACAAGGAUGUAAGAAUAUGAAAGCGGUGCCACCAUCUUGCGUCCCCACGUGCCUUAUCUCAGCUACUCAGGCAGAGACGCCCCGAGUGUGAACCCUAGUCCCCCUAGAGGCCCCAUUUCCACUCUGACAAGAUGAAAUAAACCAGCAUGAACCAGGAAAAGCUCACAAAACUGCAGGCUCCAAGUGUGCAUUGGUAUGAAAGGAACCACCUGUAGGAAGAAGGUAGUUCACAGAACAGCCACAGCAGCAGAGAAAAAACUGCAGAUGU